GGCGACUUUAAGCCCUCGGCAUAAUAUGGCCGACGGAUUUGCUGAGGGUUUCGUUCUUCCUGGUGGUGCGUUUGGAGGGACUUGCUGUGGUGAGCUCCGGGUUACAAGGACAGUAUUCGGUAGGGGAAGUGAUGGGAGCACAUUCUUCCUGGGCUUCUUUCAUGAUAUGCCUUGUGCGGUGAAGCGAUUAGUCCGAGCUCGUCGCACUGUUGCCUUCAACGAGAUUACUCAUAUGCACGAGAUGAGCGACAUCCGAAUAUUGUUCGGUAUUGGUGAUUGAAUUAUGACGAGGACUUCAUGUUUCUUGCUCAAGAGUCCUGUGCUUGCAGCUUGUCUGAUUUGAUGCAAGCAUUUUCAGCCCCUUCCGAUGGAUCUAUCUAUCCUGGUGAUCCACCACCUGUUUCUAUAGCGCGUGUUAGGGCAAGGAUGGAGGGUGUUAAUUUGUGGAUUGAUCGUCAUCCCUCGCCUUUGUUGCUGAAUCUUAUGAGGUCACUACUUUCACUUUGGUUUAGCCUAAUGCAAUCAACGUCGUGGGGAGGGUUUUGAAACAGGUUAAAGUUCAAUGACGCCAUCAAAGCCAAAUUAUUAGUUAGGUAUUGUGAAUUGCCUUGUGAUGAAAACAUUGGUUUUCCUAUUUUGGUAGAAUCGGUUUGUCUUCUCUCUUUUUGAUUCCUGAUACCGGGUUUUUUCCUGUAGAGUUUACCUGAAGAACUAUAACAGUUUUGUUUCUCCAGUAAAUAUGGAAGUGGUAUUGGGACUUAGCCAUUUGCAUGACCGUGGGUAUAGUCCGUCGGGAUUUAAAGCCUCGAAAUAUCUUGAUCACUGGGACCGCUUUAGUUGCUAAGCUAUCUGAUGUCGGCAUUAUUAAGCGCCAGAGAAUAUAUCGCUUCCCCAUUUGUGGAUCCUCAGUAUGGCUGGUGCCUGAACUGUUUCGACAUGAUGGGUGCGUAUCACCCGCGAUAGACGUGUUUAGUUUAGGAUGUGUCCUUUUCUUUUGCAUAGCUCGUGGAAGACAUCCUUUUGGCGAGCGUCUAGAACGUGACGCUAAUAUUGAGGACAACACAAUGGACUUGUCCUCGGUGGAAUUUAUACCAGAAGCCCAUGAUCUGAUUUUGCGUUUGCUAAAUGCGGAUCCUAAAUUGAGGCCACAGGCAUCAAAGGUGCUUGACCAUCCAUUUUUUUGGAGUUCAGAGAAGAGACUGUCCUUUCUUCGUGAUAUCUGCAAUAGAGUAGAAUUGGAAGCUGGGGCACCCAAUUCACGUCUUUUGCAAGAAUUGGAGAAAACUGCGCCAACUGUUUUUGGUGAGAGUUGGGACGGCAAAAUAGAGGCUAGAGUUAUGGACAACCUACGUAGAUAUGGAGCCUACGAUGGUACACGUGUCAGAGAUUUAUUGCAAGCGGUGAGAGACAAUUUUAGCCACCACAAGAAAGCUCCGAAACGAGUUAAGAAGACCUUUGGAUCGGUUCCCGAAGGUUUGGACGCUUACUUUGCUGUGCGAUAUCCUGCACUCUUGAUUGAGUCCUAUAGAGUUUUAGGUCAGUUCUGCAAAAAAGAGAAGGGCUUUUGGGAGUACUUUCGAAGUCUCAGCUCUGCAAAAAGGGGAAGGCUUUUGGAAGUCUUGACUAAAAGCAAAAGACUAAAGACUAGAUGAUCUUGAGAGCUGAACUCCAAACAAGCAACUCCCCUAAUGAUUAACAAGAACUUAAAAGAGUUUUCUUAGUUUUAGAAAUCUAAUUUGAUCGUUCCCUUGCAUGAAUUUGUAUGCACGAUCUCAAUGGAAUUAGUGAAUUAUGAUGGUGAUUUCUUCUUGAAUCCAACAAUGAUGGCUAUGAAGCAGGAAUUUGUUUGAACUGAGAGAUUACUGCCAUAUUUUGCUGCUGGUGGACUCCUAAAAUCGACUGUUGCAGACUUCAUUUUGUG